CUGACUGAAGGUGACAUUCAAGAUGCAUACCGUGUCCGCAAGACUGCCAGGACUGCGAACCGACAGGGAUUUGCACCACAGAGAGGGGCGUUUACUUGAAGACUGUUAUACUAUGUAUCCAACUAGCUUGUAUGGUAUCCACCGUUAUACUGGCACUCAUUGUUUUCAGACAGAGGAAAACAAAGGCUAUCGCAUCCGCCAUGUGGACCAUUUUAGAGACCAUCCUCCUAGGUAUUUUCAUUCUUCAUGCAACAGUGGUAGUGAAGUUCUUUCAACCUUCGAUAGUCCAGUGUCUCCUGGAGCCAUGGUUCCGGGAAAUGGGCUUUGUGAUAUGUUAUGGAGCCAUCAUCCUCAAAUUGUACAGGCAUCUCAUCGAGUUUAGGACGAGAAAAGCGCAUCGGUGGGUGGUGAAGGACACCGAUCUGUUGAAGUAUUUACUGAUCAUGAUAGCCUCAGUCUUUGCGUAUAUGUCAGCUUACACAGCAAUAACUCUGAACUUUAUUCAGGAAGACUACAGUUUACUGUACAUAGGCCAAACGAUCGACGGCGAGUUCUACAAAAGCUGCAAACCGCUGUGGUGGGAUUACGUUACAGAAGCUGGUGAAAUCGUCAUUCUGAUCUUCGGCAUCCAUCUCAGCUAUGCUUGUAGAAAUGCGAGGACUCAGUACCAGGAGCGGACCUAUCUCUGUGCAGCGAUAUCCAUAGAACUGGCAGUAAGCACGCUUUUCUACGCGGCAAGGGUAUGGCUGCUUCCUGGACUCCCUCCUCAAAUAGCUCUACUGGCUUGGUGCAUACGUGCUCAACUGUCACAAACAGCGGCCACCUUACUUAUUUUCGUGCCGAAGUUCUUCUAUCAGCAGAAACAGGUCAGAAAUCUGGCACAAGAGUACUCUUGUAGACUUCCCGUGGAUGCAUUCAAGGAGGCGGCCGUGGCAGCAGCGACCGCCGCCGGGAGCAACGCUCACGGAGCGCCAUCCAGCGGUCAUUCGGGCAACAACAGCGACGCCGAAGUCGGCGAAGUGACGUUGGCCGAUAUGAGCCCCGAGGACAUCCGCGCCGAGCUGAAGAGGCUCUAUCUGCAGCUGGAGAUGUUCAAGAGCAAGACGAUUUGCAAGGACAAUCCGCACAUAUCGAAGAGGCGGGGCGGAAGGAAGGCUCAACAUAGGAGGUUCAGUCUGCAGAAUCUACACGGUGGGAAACACAAAGACCGCAGUGGAGACAAGCACAAGCGGCAUAAGGAAGAGGAAGUGACAGAGGCAGAACCUUCUAGAACGCCAGAAGACUCUGUAUGCAGCAACGAAGGGCCCAGCGGAAUUUACGCAGAUCUGCCAUCAGGAAACGCUGAUCAAAAAUAAUCCGAGCAUAACUUAAAAAAGACUUAAUUGUGAAAUCGCAUUUUUUUGUGAAAUAUUCAAUAAACACUUGUCAGGAGACGGACACGGAUCAUUGGACACUAAAUCAAGCUUCGUGUUUGCAAGCAGAUGUCCGGAAGUAUACACUAUACAGGGUGAUUCAGAUAAAAAUGCAAUACUUAAAGGGUAGAAAGUAGGUGUACACAAGUAAUUUCAAGAUUCAGCGAAAGUAUCGAUGAAUGUGUGAUACAAUUCAAGGUAUGAUCCUUAUAAAAUGCUUAAUAGGUUGUACUGUGAGAAUAUAGUGAAGUUUGACUCUAAAAUCUUAUGUCCCCAGAGUUAUUCAUGAAUGGUGUAGAAAUAUUCAAUAUCUAGUAUUUUGGUAAUGGGCCAUUUUGAACACAUUCACAAAUACAAAUGUUAAAAUUUAUUUUAUUUUGAAAAUCAGUUAUUUACAAAAAUAUAAUAGUCAGGAG